CCGGAUGAGGAGGAGGACUCCGCGGCUUCUAUGAACUGUACGAUGGAGGGCUUUCAACUGAAUGCUCAGCGUGGUCUGCAGGACGUUCGGGAGAUGAUUGAGUUCCUUCGCGGACCCAGUGGCCCGGACUUCAGUGCGCUAACAUCGGGCCUGCUGAUGGGCGGUCGCACGGACGGUCUGCUCUCUGGUCUGCAUGCACAGGACCGAGUCUUCAACGCCAAUGAUUGGGUGUCUCGGUUCAAGGCCAACGCUGCUGCAUCAGGCGGUGCCGACGACGAAGAUGACGAGGACAUCAUCGACCGCGAUGAGGAAGAGGAGGAAGAACGGGAGGGGCAGGAGGAGGACAAUGCAGACAGCAGCAGUAGUGACGAGGAG